GCAGCUCUCAACCAACUGGCAGGUGAUUUUUUUUCUCUCUCUGCCAACAUAACUUAUAUCCUAUAUUCAUUUUAAUGUUUUUUUAUGAAACGACAGCAAGUAAAGAUUUCUUAGGGGAUUUGGAAUAUACUUUAUCAGGAUGUGCGGCAUGGACGUGGACCUGGACGAUGGAGGCUCAGGCGAGGAGGACAAGGAGGAAGAGUUGUGGAUGGGCGAGCAGGUCAAGAUGCUUCCCCCUCCAGUGGCUCACAGCGGAGGCUCGGCGUGGGGCAGCCAGAGAGGACGGUGUGGCUGUCUGGCAUGCGGGGCUGCUCUGGUCCUUUGGGACGUGUCGGUGGUUCUGGCUGGCGCCCUGCUGCUAGCCGGGGUUUUCUUUGUGGUGCUGCUGCCUGCCGCGCUGCCGCUCUAUGCCGGCUUCCUGUGCCAUUCCAGAAUUCUGAAUGGUUCGUCGGCUGUCUGCGGUUACCUUGACGACAACAGCAGCUCGGCCCUCAUCAUUCUCGGCUUUGUGAUGAUGUCGCCGCUUGUGGUGGCGGCGGCGGUCGUCUUCUGCGGGUUGCUGCGAAGGUUCCGGCUGCUGCUUCUCAUUCAGCCAAUCACGCGUGCACGGUACCGGGGGCGCCUGAUGGACUGGGUGGGGGGCGUUCGCGCUUGGGUCUGAUUGCAGAAGAGAGGAGGACAAAAUAACACAAAGAAUACAAGGCCCAAAUAAAAGGCACACUAUAAUACACAGAAUAUAAGACACAUAAUAGUAGACACAGGUUAUAAGACACUUAAUAUCAGACACAUAAUAUAAGACACAGAAUAAUUAGACAUAGAAUAUAGGACAGAACAUUUAACACAGAAUAUCAGACACACUAUAAGAUACAGAAUAUAAAACGCAGAUAAUAAAACAGAAUAUAAAAGACAGACUAUAAUACUCAGAAUGUAAGACACAUAAUAGUCAACAGUGAUUAUAAGACACUUAAUAUCAAACACAUACAAUAAGACACAGAACAAUUAGACAUAGAAUAUAGGACAGAAUAUUUAACACAGAAUAUCAGACAUACUAUAAAACACAGAAUAUAAAACGCAGAUUAUAAAACAGAAUAUAAGAUACAGAAUUUUAGAUCCAUGAUAUGAGACGCUGGCUAUCAGACAGUGCAUAACACACACUAUAAGACUUAGCACAUUAACCUCAGAAUAUAGGACAGAACAUAUAACUUGUAAUAUCAGAUGGAAUAUAAAACACUUAAUCUUCAGUGUUGCCGAUGUAAAAGUUAUACAUUUCACAAAAAAAAAACAUUCAACAAACAAAAUACAAGACAAAUAUUACAAACAAUAUUAAACCGUGUAUAAAACACAGUUUUGAAAACAAACUAUGAGAUACGGAAUAUAAGACACAGAAUGUAAAACAAAAUAUUAGACGCGAUGCUACACACAAUAUACGAUACAGACUGUAAAACACAGAAUAUCUGACAGAAUGACGGAAUAUAAGACACAGAAUAUAAAACACAAAAUUUAAGUCAUAGGAUAUAAAACAGACUAUAAAAUACAGAAUAUAAGCCACAUGAUAUUAGACAGAAUAUAGGACUAUGAAAUAUAUAAUACGUACAGUAUAAAACAGAAAAUAAGAUAUAUAAUAUAAGACAUAAUUUAACAGUGGUCCCUAACCAGUAUGCAUUUGCUACCGGGCCGCACAGAAACAUUAUUAAUUUGUGAACGACCGCAACUAACUUUCUCCUGUCCCACUAAACACCAAUAAGCUUGUUUAAUAGACAUAUUUUACAACUCCUUUGUUAUAGUACACGGGACAAUGCACAUUAGUGGACAUAUACAAUGUUUAUAUUCCAGAUUGUAGCCAAGGGAUCAUUUUUUUGCUGUUUUUAUCUGCUACACGUAGCUAGCCGGUCCGUAAAAAUAAUGCAUACAUUAAACCGGUCCCUGGUGGAAAAAAGGUUGGGGAACCCUGUAAUAUAGGACACAGAAUAUAAAACCCAGACAAUAAGACAUUGAUUUUAAAACCGGAAUAUAAGACCCAAACUAUAUAAGAAGGAAUAUUAAAACAGAACACCAGACCCACAGUAUGAAAUAUAUAAUAUAGGACGCAUAGCAAUACGCACGUAAUAACUAGACACAGAAUAUCAGACUGACUAUUAGAAUUGGUAAAUGGUAAAAUGGUCUCUACUUAUAUAGCGCUUUACUUUGCCUGGAAUGGUACCCAAAGCGCUUAACAUUAUACAUCACAUUCCCCUAUUCAUGGCGGAAGCGGCCAUGCAAGGCGCUAAAUACGACCCAUCAGAAGCAAGGGUGGGUCGUAGUGAAAGUAGCACAUUAUUGGGGGACUAAGGAGGUACAUAAUAAUGCAUAACAAUGACUAAAAUAGACAUCUGCAUCAAAAAAUAAAUAAAUCUGACAUUCGCCAUUUAAUCCAUAUUAUCAUGUAAUUGUUUAAUGGCUCAGUGAUCCUCCUGACCCACCAGUUGAGAAAGACUAGUUUAAGGCGUUACUGUGAUCACCAUGGAGACUAUUUGGCUUUUGUUCCCGCUUGUACAAAACAAAGCAAGCACACAAUACCAUGUGGAGGACUUCUAUCAAUAAAAAGAGAAUUCUGAGGUAUCCCUUUUGUGAUGUGACCUUUUUAACAAGGGAAUUAUAU